ACCACCACCUGGACCUCGCUCCGGUGCGAUCGAAUUUCGGGCUACUACGGGUUCGGCCUGUUCGCCGUCAAAUACGACUUCGGGUGUCUCUGUUACAACGAUGUCGACACCUUCUGUCGGGUGAACGGUCUCAGUUACACUAUGAACAGCUGGAUCAAAGGUCAAUUCAACUACCAAUCCUACAACAAGUACCCUACCGGAUCUCAACCUAUUUGCGAUGACAAGGGAGGCUACACCUGUCCUUUCGGCAAGAACUCUGACGGUUCUUGCGCUCAACACGCCGCGUCUUGUGGGGACGGUCAGUGUCUUCAGUCCGACGGGACGUGCUGCCCGAGAGGAACGACCAAGAUCAACGGAUUGUGCUGUGCGACGACUUGCCGUGGAACCUCGAACGGCCAAUGCUACGGCUCGGGUUCUUGUACCAACGGCAAGGUCUUGUCAAACGAACUCUGCUGUCAGUCGGGAUGGACCGGAUACGAUACCGUCUGCUGUCCUUCCGGUCAAGUCUUGAACAGCGCAAAGACUGGCUGCACCGCUCAGUGUACCACCCAGCAGAAAUUCGUUCCCGAAUCCGGUACCUGUCAACCCAAGUGCGGUUCCGGAUUCACCUGGUCUUCGUCUUCGACCAAUCCCGACGGCCUUUGUUGCACCGGUGGCCGGGUCUGUAACACCAAGGUGUGCUGCUUGACCACUGAAAUCGAAAGCGAAGGUCACUGCUGUCCUAAAGGCUACACUUGGAGGAACAACGCCUGUCAAGCACCUUCCGGUGUCCCUACCGCCCCCAAAUCGCGUCGACGAGCCCUCAACAACAACAAGCGACACUUGUCACUGGCCGAGAAGUCUCGACUCCGAAUCGACGAGAAGCUCUGCCCCAAGACCAUGUCGGCCUGUCCCAUCGGCAAGGAGUCGUCUAGCUACGAAUGCCUCGACACCUUUACCGACAUCUCUUCUUGCGGAGGGUGUGCUUCGGUCGGCGAGGGACAGGACUGUACCGCCAUCAAGGGGGCCAAGUGGAUGGGUUGCGAACAAGGGUCGUGCGUCGUCUAUUCGUGCCGACCGGGCUUCAAAUUGGUCGGGGGCAAGGAAUGUGUAAAAGCAUAGGCUGCACCGCCACAAACAAAAAGGACCUCUUCUUUUCUCUCUCUUAUCUUGGGUUUAUCGGGGCUAUCACUCAAGGACGACAUCAUCACGCACGCAUACGGCCACACACCACAUCAUAAUUACUCGAGCGAUCCUUGUCGACGCAUCGAAUUGUCAUUCAUUACGACUAGUAGAGGCGCGAAGCGCUUUCUCCACCUUGUACCCACCACCACGUUGCGAUAGACACCUGUAUGCACCAGGCACUUUAGAUGCUUUAUCUUAUCGAUGAGCGAUACCAUCCAUAUCUAUCGAUUCAUUCCUUUUGCAUACACGGCCUCGCUGCUAGCUCCAAAUGCCUAA